CCAUCCCUCCCCCAACAACCACCACCACAACCACAACCAAUAACAUCAACCAGGAAGGCGUUAUCAUUGUCCCCAUCACCUUCCCCCCCGCCUACGUCUCCCCCGCCCCCCCUCCCCCCGGGGUAAGCGUGCUGGGGUCAGGUGAAGCUCCCCCAGGUGUUAAGGUGACCACUGGGCCUGGAGGUCAUCGCGUGGUACAGAUCCCGCCUGGGCUGGAAUGGCGUGACGUCAGAGGCUCCUUCACCAAUAAGGAAGCGCGGAGGACUUGGCGGGAAAUCUUCAACGUGGUCCAGAGUCUUAAACGGGAGGAAAAGGCGAAGCGAGAUGCCGACAUGAAAAACACAGAUAUCAACGUUUCCGCAAUUCGUACAGACUCACUCAGCGUUCCAUUCGGCGUCACAUUACCUGAAGUACAACGUUUAAUCCAGGAAUCGGACUUAAAACAACUGAAAAAGCUCAAAAAACGACUUCAGAAGCAGCUCCGGAUAGCCCGACGUAACCAGCGGGCUACCCUACUAAGAGUCCCAAGCGGGGUGGCCAGUGUCCCUCCGAAUGGCGUCACUGUAAUAUCCACGUCCUCCGGUGAAAUGGUCAUCAGAAUACCGAAUACGUUGAAAUGGGUUGAUGUUAAAGACUCAUUCGUUAGCUCGGCCGAGAGGGAAGUGUGGAAACAGAUAUUUGAAAGCCGAAAUGCAAAUGCGGAGGUCAUGAGGAGCGGUGUCACGGAGGUACUGGAAGGUUCUUGGGCCGUUUCCGAUGCUAUAGAAAGACGGUUAUCGACGAGAGUUCUAACCGGGAAAGGAAAAGGGAAAAAGAAAGGAAAGAAGAAGAAGAAGAAGAAGAAGAGGAAGCAGAAUGGUAACCGCCAACUUGUACAACUGAAGAAUAAGAUGACCAAGAUAAUAAAGAAGAAUGAUGAGAAAUUGCUUGGUUCUAUUGCGAAAAAGGAAAAGAGAUCAUCCGAGGAGAAGGAGAAGACGAGGAAAGGCGGAAAGAACAAAAGGAAGAGGAAGAAAAGGAAGAAGUUGAAGGCCAUGAGAAAACAGCUGAGGAAAACGAUGAAGAAAAUAAAAUCCAUGAAUAGGAAACUAAGAAAGGAGAUAAAGAAAAAUAAAAAGAAGAGGAAUAGGAAACGGAAACGUAACUCGAGAAAUGGAGAAGAAAAUAAAGGAAAGAAGAAGAAGAAGGAAAAGAAGAAUAAGAAGAAAAAUAAAAACAAAAUCCCAACCCGAAAUUUAGAAGAAACGAAGAAAAACAAAAAUAAAAUCAAAGAAAAUGGGAACGUGGUUACCAACUUACGCUCCACCACCGAAGAAAACGGAGCAUUGAAGGACAGACCAAAGAAAGACAACAACAAACAAAAACAACUAAAAAAUAAACAGAAACAGAACAAAAGGAAGAACAAGAACAAGAAAAACAAGGAGAAGAAGAGGAAGAACACGGGAAAGAAAAAUAAGAGGAGAAGGAGGAGGAGGAAAAGGAAGGAGAAAAUGAAGAAGAAACAAGAAAAAGAAAACAAGGAGAAAGAAACACAAGCAGUCACGAACCACUUAAUAAGAACAGCUGAUAAAGAUAAUAAAGACAAACUGGGUGAAGAAAAUAAAAACAAUAAAGUAAAUAAUAAUAAUGAUAAUAAUAAUAAUCAAAAUUCACUAAUAAAACCAUCGGAAAAUAAAGAAAUAAAAGAGGAAAAGAAGAAAAAAGAAGAUAAGAAGAGAAAGAAGAAGAAAAAGAGGAAUGCCAAGAAGAAAAGAAGAAAAGGGAAAAAUAAUAAUAAGAAGAAUAGAAAAGACAAGAAGAGGAAUAAGAACAAGAAGAGGAAGAAAGAAAAAAAGAAGAAAGAAGAAAAGGAUGCGAUGUGGAUUUGAAGUUGAAGGCAAAAAGGUAAAAUAAAAUAUCUUGUUAAGUUUAUUGUAGUGAACUGUGUAACUUUUCAAUCACUUUUAGAACGAUUUUUGUGUAGCUAAUAACUCCCAGACCAACGGUGAUAUUAGUUUUAUUUUUAGUUCUGUUUUCUUUGUGUCAUAUUUUUACGCUUGUAGUAGAUCUUUUUUUAUGUUUUUUUUUCUUAGUGUAAAAAGAAUCACAUCCAGUAGGCUAUUUUUAGUUCUUUUUCGAAUGCGAUGUUUUGUUUCCUGCAUGUGGUCAUUCUCGCUGUUAUUUUUUUCUUUUGUUUGCAUUUUUUUGCAUGUAGUAUUUCUAGUUUAUAUUUUCUCGUAUUUUAUUUCCUUUAAUUUUAGUUUUUUUUUCCUUAGUGUAAAAAAAAUCACAUCCAGUAUUUUUAUUUCUUUUUCGAAUGCAAUGUUUUGUUUUUUGUAUGUGGUAAUUCUAGGAGGUAUAUUUUUUUUGCAUUUUUUUU